UUACAAGAUGUAUUUUAAAAAAAUCAUUACACUGACCAUCGUAUCACUUUUUGUCUUAAUAGCAAUUACAGCCGUUAAUGGAAGACCCAGUGGGACAGGAGGAAGUGGUAGUUAUAACUGCAAAGGAGUUGCGGUCAAUGACAAUGUUCGCUUUUUCGGAUUAGAGGACAGAGAUGCUGAAGAAAGGAAACGUAUUAGUGCAGCUAUCAAAAAUAGUGAAGGUCAAAGUUUCGAUGGCCUAGUAUCUAAAGUAUGGAGUACACCAAAAGGUUCUAAUUCCGGAGCCAAAAGCAAAGAAGAACGUAUUAGCGAAGCUUUCGGAGUUGAUACAGUCGAUAAGGACGACAGAGCACGUAUUAUGAAAGCUGUAUCAACUGCAGUAACUGAUGGUUACAGUUACAUUAACCAACACGAAAAAACAUAUGGUAAACCAAAAGGUGCUAACCCCGUUUUGAUUUUUGGAAACGCUGCAAUAUAA